UCCACAUACUGAGCUCACUGUGUACUGGGACCUGGUGGAUGGACACCUGUGAGACUGGAGUGGCUGAUGAGCUGAGGACGUGGACAUAAGAUACAGAGUCCGGCUGGACGUUCAGAUUUACUGAGAGAUGGAAGGACAGAGCCGGAGGGUGGUGCUGUGGACGAUCGGGGUGGUGCUGCUGCUGUCAGGGUAUUUCUACACAGAGACCGAUGCAACGUGGGAGCAGACUUUGGACUCGGAGGAGCGUGGUGAACAUUUGGACUCAGACCAGCUUCUGUACAGACAACACGGUGCUCUAUCUCGAAGAAAAAGGAAUAUCUUGUUUCCCAGCGGAGUCAAGUUUUGCACUCAGGAGACGUUCGACCAGGCCGUCGCCAACCACCUCAACUACUUCCAACUCAGAGUGUGCCAGGAGACGGUGUGGGAGGCAUAUAAGAUCUUCUGGGACCGGCUGCCAGAGCGGGACGAGUACCAGGAUUGGGUCGGUCGCUGCAUGGACUGCUCCGCCACCGUCAUGGACAUUGGCCGGUUCUUCAGCCAAUCAGAGGAACACAUCAGCCUUGUCAAGAGUAGAGUCGCCAUGGCUACGGCGAUGAACAGUGUGCCCAUCACCUCAGGUCCUCCUCCGUGCAGCUCUGAAACAACAACGGUCCAGACUGCAGAAUCAGUGACUCAGCCAGGGGAAGACGUUAACACGGAAUUGAUAACAGCAGAGACAGGUGAAACAGCAGAAGAAGAACUAGCAGUUGAAACAGAAGAUGUCACAUCGAAGAUAAUCUCAACCGACCAAGAUGACCUUUCACCGGACUUUGAGGGCACUGAUUGGACACCUCCAUCCUCUACAACCAAAGGGUCUGUUCAAGAGACAGGUGAAACAGCAGAAGAAGAAUUAGCAGUUGAAAUAGAAGAUGUCACAUCAGAGAUAAUCUCAACCGACCAAGAUGACCUUUCACUGGACUUUGAGGGCACUGAUUGGACACCUCCAUCCUCUACAACCGAAGGGUCUGUUCAAGAGGCUGCAACAUCCUGGAUCGGGAUCCCUGUGGAUUUGACCUCUGAGCCUGAGGAAACCGAAGAUGUCCAGGAGACUGGAGGUGGCAUCACUUCAGAAAGUCCUCCUUUGGUCAUUACUGACACUCUGAAUACUGAAGAAAUAGGUGUUGAGGACAUUGCAGAGGAUAUUGCCACAGAGGUUAGUGACUCUGAUAAGCCCUUUGAUGGGCUUGUUGAGGAUGUGGGGCGAGACCAAACUGUCCCAGAUACAACAGAGGAGGAGGCUGCUGUGGAAGAUGCAGUAAUUCCUGAUCUUGGGAAUGUGCCUGGAUCUGAAGGGAUUAAAGAAGUUACCCCAAAAGGUGAAGAGCCACCCUCAGAAGCCAUGGCUGAAGAGGUCCUCACAGCAGCUACUGUUGUAGUUCUUACAAGCCCCACCACAGUACCUGCUACAGAAACUGCCACACUGGAAGAGUUAGGGCAGGAGGAAUUCCUACAACCUGCUGCUGAGGCUCCAUCAGAAGUUGGGACCGAGCUUACCCCAGAGACAACUUCUGAGGUCAUUGUGGGCCCAGAAGGUGGAGAAGUUCCAGACAACUCUUUGGAUAUCACUCCAGAUGUUGUGUUGACUGAUGAGGUUCAAACUGAGGAUUCACCAGAGCCAACUGAUGAAACUGUGCCAGAUGCACCUGAAUUAGUUGAAGCAGCAAUUCUUGAGGAACCCAAGGAACAUCCUUCAGAGGUCAAAGUCAGCCAAGAUGAAACCGAAGUCAACACACAGGCAACUCCAACUGUAUAUCUGAUAACAGAUCAAGAUUCAGAAGAAGAUGAAGUAUUUCUAAAUGUGACUCCAGAGCAAGAAUCUGUCUCAGACAUGGAAAUGGAGGUUCCUUCUCAGGCCUCGAUUCUGACAACAGACAAGAUAGCAGUAGAAGUUAGUAAAGACGCUGGAGAGGGCGACGCACCAGAAGACACACCAAAGCUAACGGCCGAGGUUACUUCUGAGCCUGUUGUAGUGAUCUUACAAGAUGACAAGGAUGAAGAUUCCUCCUUUGUCCCUGAGGAGGUGCCACCAGAUGCCACAGUGGCCGAGACGGAGGUCACAGAGGAAGUCACACCUGAGGAGAAAAAAACAGUAGCAGAGGCAACAGAAGAAGAGGUGAAAGUAGAAGUCAAACAUGAAGAAGCUUCGGUUGUUGUUAAAGAUCAGACAACUGAAGCUGCUGUUGAAGUGGAGUCCACGGAAGUGAUAACAGCAGAGACAGGUGAAACAGCAGAAGAAGAACUAGCAGUUGAAAUAGAAGAUGUCACGGUGGGGGAAGAGGAGGUGGUCGAGGCAGCAGAGGAAAAACUACCAGAGAAAAAAGAAGGGGCAACAGUUACCGCGGAGGAUACAUUACAAGCUCCAGUACACAUCACAGCAGAAGAAGAACCAGCUGAGGCUACAGUAGAAACAGAAAUCACUGAAGAACAGCCAGUAGAGACAGUAGAUGAGACUACAAAAGAAGAAGAAACAACCCAGACUACAGGAGAACCAGUUGAAAGUGCAGAAACACCUGAGGAAUCUCUUGAACCUGAAGAGAAAAAAGAAACAGAUGUAACAGCACAAGAAGCAGAACCUGAACAAGAAACUGUAGAAACAGCAGAGCCGACAGGAGGUGCUGCAAAAGAGGAAGAACCUGCAGCUGAAACUACUGAAGAGACAGAACCCACUGCAGAGGAGUCAGCAGAAUCCUCAAGAGUACCAGCACAGGGAGUGGAACCUGUAGAAGAAACUGCAGAGGAGUCAACAGAAUCCUCAAGAGUACCAGCACAGGAAGUGGAACCUGCAGAAGAAACUGCAGAGGAGUCAGCAGAACCCUCAAGAGUACCAGCACAAGACGUGGAACCUGUAAAAGAAACUGCGGCAGAAACAGAACUCACAGAAGAACCAACACAAGAAGCAGAACUUGUUGAAGAAAUUUUAGAAGACACAGAACCCACCAGAGAACCACCACAAGAAGCAGAACACAUAGAAGAGGCUGAUGAAAGGAAGGAACCUACGGACAGAAUUGCACAAGAUGCAGAGCCUGAAGUGGUAACUGAUAAAUCGGAUCUUGAUAUAACAUCUGUAGAUACAGAACAAGAAGCAGCAGGAGGGGAACCAUCGGACAGAGAAGAAGCAACUUCUGAGGUCUUGGAGGAGAUAUCAGAGGACGAAGUCAGUAUUGCCGAAUCAGAAACAGAAGAAUCUGAACCAGAAGUUGCUGAGGAAGUUGUCCCAGAGACUCUUGAGGAAACCCGAGACAUUGAUGAGGAGAUUACUCCGGUUAUUUUUGUUGUUCCCGAAGAUACCGAAAUUUUAUCACCGGCAACAGAGGUGGAGGAAAUACCUGAACCAGAGGUAACAGUGGAACUUCCAGAAGACCCCCAAGUAAGAGAAGCACCAGACACCAGUAGUAAGGGUACUACACAGGUGACUGAGCCUGAAAGGAAAGUUCCAGAAUCGGAAUCUUUCCCUGAGAGAGAAACUGUCCCAGAGGCUGCGAGUGAAACAUCGCCAGAGGUUUCCCAUCCAGGGACUGCCACAGGGGGAGAUAUCACCAAAGCAGAGGAGGUCAAUCUAGAGUUUCCUGAUGAGCCUGUCCCAGAGGGCACACCUGAAGAAGACCUAAGUGAGGACAGCGUUCAGGUUGUCCCAGAGGAAGUUGAGGGUAUCUCCCCUGAUGUAUCAGCAGAGGAUGCAAAUCAAAUCACGACAGAGGCCCCAGCGGAGGUCACAUCAGAGCCCCUUGCCAAAAUCACCCCAGAAUCUGUUGCGGAGGGCACUGCAGGGACAACGCAAGGCACUGCAGGGACAACGCAAGGCACUGCAGUGGAUGCCACUGAGGAGGCCACCCCUGGUCCCUCUCUGGAGGUCACAACAAAGUAUGUAGUGGAGUAUAACAAUGGUAACUUCCCAUAUCUAACAGAGAGGCCUUAUGACUUAGAGGACAACUUAUUUGGAAACAACGCCUUUGGGUUGGAGGACGAGAACUCGAUCGGUAAUGAGAUAGAUGACACCCUGCUGUGGCCCCAGAGGCCCCUGAAGGACCAGGUUGUGGAGCUGAGCCUCAAGCUGAGAGGAGAAACCUACAACGACGCCCUGAGAGACCCGAGCAGCUUCCACUACCAGCAGCUGGCCCGACACUUCACACGCAGGAUCGAAGACGCCUUUGAGAGGCUGCCAGGCUUCAAGAACGUCUACAUCGUUGAAUUCAGGCCACAGAAGGACCUGGAACGAGGUUUGGUGGUCCUGGUGCACUACACCAUCACCUUGGAAGUGGACAGCGCCAGCGGCAUCGCCAAUGACACACUGGACUUCAUCUCCCUGCAGAACAACCUGGUGGAGAAGAACUAUCCAGGAGCUGCCGAGCAGCCCACCGUCGUCUACACCAUCACCGACUUCCGCAACUACAUCACUGAGGCGCUGCACAAGGACAACUUCAUGUCCAACAGCAGCCUGGAGACGCAGCCUGACGACCCGCAGCUGGAGAAUGCGGAGAACUUGUUACCUGAUGUGAAACCUACGAGCCGAACGGCCGACGCCUUCAACAACAUGGAUAACGUCCUCGCUGCAGAGAAGCCUCCCGACGCUCCGCUUCAUGAGGCGGACACCAGCAACAUUUUCCUCAACAAAGAGGACUUCCUGUUUGACCCCUUUGACCAGUGGAAAGGUCCUCAGGGCGACGUAGUGAGCGAGAAUGACGUCUUCAUGUUUGACGAGAGCACGAGGCCUCCGGCCGCAGAAUUCCCUGAGCUGCAGAGUGAGAAUAAUGGAAACAUUGAAGAUGAAGAAUUCCUCCUGAGUAACGCUCCUGCUGCCGGAGACGACACCCCCCGCGGGGACCAUGCAGCUGGUCCUGGAGGCUCCUCUGCAGCCGCCCCCCUUUCGACACCGGUGAAACCUCAGACAGGCUCUGAGGUCACGCUGGAUGAAGGAUCUGGCUCUGGUUUCUCUGGAGAUGGCCAGGGAGCUGAUCUCUGGUCCUGGCAGCCAGCAGCAACCUCUGACGGCGCUGGCUUCUAUGAGGACGGUGAUGGCAGCCUGGAGGUGCUACCGCCACCUGAUCUUGAGGAAACCGAGGAUGAAGAUGAGGACGAUGGUGUUGAGACAGUAGCCACUGAGAAAGCGGAUGUAAUUGCGAUGGAAGUUGAGUUCACGAGUGCUCCCCCUUUGCAGGCAACAACAGUUCCUGCUUUUGAGGAAUCAGUGCUGGAUAGAGGCAUAGAGGAACCUUUCUUGGACCAGGUUUUGAUUACACCACACAUCAGCACUGACCCUCGGUACUCAACCACCACCACAGCACCUGUAUUCUCGCCAAAAGGAACCUUGAACAUAGAACUUUCAGUAAAAACAGUGGAGACAUCUCUCAUCUAUGAUGACUACUCCUCUACUGGACCUCACACCCGUGCAGCACCAGUCACAGAUUCUCCUGAACCUGAAGCCUGGACUCGUGAGGCCCCUGUUUUUGCAGGGCCAACCGAUUCGGCAGUUAAGCUUCCAGAAAUCACUAAAGAUGUACAAGUAACUACUGAAACAGCAACAGAGCUUCCAGUGGCUACAGAUGGGUUUAAAUCAGAAGAUGUACCUGAGAAAAAGGAGGUUGAAGUCAUUGUUGCACCUGAAGUACCUGAUCCUGGCGUUUCCUCAACCGAAGGGUCCCCUACGAUUGUCAAAGUCCAGGCAGUCACAGUCAAAGAAACCAGUUUUGAUUCAGUCACUGAAGAGCCGCCAGAACUCGAGAUACUUACAGAAAAACCCAAACUGCUGCUGCCAGAAACCGAAGACCAUGAUGAAGUUGAGAUUUUGGAGGUGCAACACAUUGGUGGCGCUGAUCCUGAGAUAACGACGGUGCCGGCAGUUGGCAUCCAAGACGAGGAUCUGACUGUGGAUGAAGUCAUGGUUGUCACCACGACAGCUGCUCCUGUCCUCACUUCCUCUGUAAGUUCAGACCACAGCAGCAGCAUCGCGCUCUCGCCUGAAAAGGACUCACCAUUUACUCGAGUGUCGGAUUCGGCGCCAGAAGAUGAGGAACCGGUUCACCAUGAGCAUCCAAACCAUGAAGACGUUGAAGAAGUUCCAGUGAGCAGUCCGACUGAAGAUGUUCCUCAUUUAACGCCAUCAGUGGUGGUUGCGAACAAAACAGAAGAUGCUCCAACGGAUGCUGUAGAAGCGCCGCCAGGUGCUUCAGCACAAGAUGAAAACUCAUUUACCACCUUGACAAAUACUUCAGAGAGUAAAUUAGAUAGCGAUAUGGUCCAAACAACGUCCUUGCUUCAGGAAGUUAACAACAACACCCCCAUUACUGAGAUCCAAUCUUUCGAGCACGUUUUUUCCGACGUGCCAAGCAUCAACGUCAGCUUUGAUGUGUUCCAGUAUGGCGGUGUGGCAACUGAGGCUGACAGCAGUGGCUUCUCGAGCGGGGCUCAGGGGUCAGACCUGGAUGCCAUCGCAUUACCGACCCGACCCGGCAGGGCCCUGACGGUGUUCUUCAGCCUAAGGGUGACCAACAUGGCGUUUUCCAUGGACCUCUUCAACAAGAGCUCCCCUGAGUACAAGGCUCUGGAGCAACGGUUCCUCCAACUGCUGGUCCCGUACCUUCAGUCCAACCUGAACAACUUCCAGAACCUGGAGAUCCUUAACUUCAGGAAUGGCAGCAUCGUGGUGAACAGCAGGAUGAGGUUCGGUAAGCCAGUUCCCAAAGGGGUAACCAACGUCGUCUACCUCAUCCUGGAGGACUUCGCCAACACUGCCUACCAAACCAUGAACCUGGCCAUCGACAAGUACUCGCUGGACGUUGAAUCCGGUGACCGGGCGGACCCCUGUAAGUUCCAGGCAUGUAACGAGUUCUCCAGGUGUAUGGUGAACAAGUGGUCAGGCGAGGCCGAGUGCGUGUGCUAUGCCGGGUACCUGAGUGUGGAUGGCCUGCCGUGUCAGAGCAUCUGUGAAGUGCAGUACGACUUCUGCCUCAACGACGGCAAAUGUGACGUCAUCCCCGGCAAGGGUGCCAUCUGCAGGUGUCGGGUUGGUGAGAACUGGUGGUACCGUGGUGAGCACUGUGAGGAGUAUGUCUCCGAGCCACUGGUGGUGGGCAUCGCCAUAGCCUCAGUGGCUGGCUUUCUCAUGGUGGCGGCUGGGAUCAUCUUCUUCCUGGCAAGGACGCUGCGAGAGCAGUACGAUGGGGAGGACACCGAGGACCCUCUACGACGUGGCGACAGUGUGCCAACACUGGAGCGAGCCACCAAGUUCAACCCCAUGUUCGAGAGUGACCCGGUCAUGGCCCAGUAUUACCGUCGCUACGACGAUGAUGUGCCCCAGUACAGCAGAUCUGCUGGAGCCGAUGGCUCCAGAGACGUUGGCAACGAUGAGCUACAACACAUCUACCAAGACACCACGCUAACCAAGGAGGAGAUCCAGGAGCGUCUCAGGAUAAUCGAGUUGUGUGCCAGAGAUCAACACUUUGCAGACUUUGUGCGACAGACUCAAGUAUUCCUGGAGAGGAGAGGAAGCUCCACCACAUAGCGAGUCCUGAGCCGGUGACCUCAAGAAACCUGCCUUCGUCUCUGAUUCCUGGGAGGACGAGGAGUUCGUCUUCUGUCCAGUCGACUCUUCUGGAGGUGAAGGUGACGAGAAGGGUUCGGGAGUUUGUUUUGGACGGACGCGCUCUCCAGGUGGCCUGAAGUGAACUUUGACCUCUGCUUGGUCGCCUCUCACCUCCACCUUCCACCUCCACCUGUACAUACUGUGUUGUUUGUUUUUACCACUUCAGUCUCUAUUCACUGCAUCCUCAACACUUUCACUGCUGAGUACCUCUGUCUUACGCUUUCAGACGGACUUCAUGGCUUUCAUCUUCAACUCAAGGGCUUGUGUUUGCGUCCCAACCUGUCGCUGCUGUCAUACAAAAAAAAAAAAAAAAAAACCAUAACACAUCGCUGGAGGUUUGUCGGCAGUCGUUGGGUUUGCUUCAGUCGGUCGGUCUGAUUCCGACAUUUUUCCGCUCCUCCCUGUCAGUGCCUUCACCGCUCUGUUAGCUCCUCUGGGAUACGAUACGCAGACUCUCAGAGCCCUUGAUGCCCUGUUACUUCCACGACAACCCGGAUCACCACGCCACCAAUCACCUGCUCAACAAACUCAAAUGUUUACAUUUCUCAACCAACGCUGGAGUGUUAUCGGAUGUGUAGGAUGUGUAGCCUGUCAGUGUCUUGUUUGUUUUUUUAAGGAGUCCGACCCAGGAAGUUUCAUCACCAAACGGAAACUUCCAGAAACCAGUUUCCAAACAACCAGAGACAUGUUUGAACACUGACACAGACAUAUUACAACUGUGAAAUAAUUUUGUUACAACAGAUUCUGAUUAUCAUCCCAAGGUCUGAUGAUUCGAACAUAUUUAACCCUCUCACGUGAAUCUCUUUGCCAACAGAUGGAGGAUGUUGAUUAUCUGUAUUUAAUGAAGCACUGUGUUGUCCUGCUGCAGCUUUACCGCUUCAAACAGCUGGAAAUCAGUCGCAUUGUUGUGUGCAAGAACAUUUGUGCUUUAAGAUAUUUUAUAUUAAACUCAAAUUCACCCAGAA